GAGACAUAGAGUAAUCACAUCAUAACAAUGACAUAAUUAAGCAGUAAUAUAUCAACUUUUGCGUUAUUUAAAAUAUAAAAUGGAUUUUAAUGAAAAAAAUAAACUAAUCAAUGGAAUUGACCAAUUGGAACAAGUGGAAAAUGGGACGCUAAUGCCUUUGCAGAAAAAGGGUCGAUUUUGCAGGAACAGUCAUAAAAGAAAAUCGGGCCGAAGAAAAUAUGAUCGCGUCGUGUUCAAAACGGGUCAGUUUAACUUCGAGAAGUGGAAGAAGUCCAAAUACCGCGUGUUCCCCGAUAUAGUUCAGGCUUUCAUCAAUGCACAGUGGAGGUGGACGCUGUUUUACUGCAUCCUCACGUACCUCAUCAUUUGGCUAACAUUCACAGGAGUUUGGUGGGUCAUCCUCGACUUGCAUGGAGACCUUGAACCUGAACACAUGCCACAUGUCAGCAACUCCUCUGAAUGGUCUCCUUGUGUCAGAGAAAUCUACGGCUUCACAUCUUUAUUUCUGUUCAGCAUUGAAAUCCACACAACAAUCGGCUACGGAACCAGAGCCAUCACACUCGAGUGCCCGUCAGCAAUGUUUACAAUGUGCAUUGAAAGCAUAAUUGGAACUAUCACACAAUCUUUCAUAGUCGGUGUUGUAUUUGCAAAAUUAACGCGGCCCAAGAAUCGAGCACAGACGCUUUUAUUCUCAAAGAAUGCCAUCAUCAAUCAGAGAGAUCGUAAUUUGCGCAUGAUAUUCAGAGUUGGAAACACUAGGAAGUCAAGAAUCAUAGCUGGCAGCGUCCACGCGUAUUUGAUCAGGAGUAGUGCCUCCGACGUGUUGGAUGACCAAAUUAAAUUAGAUUUAUCCAUGGAUUCAAGUGAGAACAUUUCUUUUAUGUUUCCAGUAUGUGCAGUCCACACAAUAGACAAGAAUAGCCCAUUUUAUUCAAUGUCAGCUUCUGAUUUAUUGAAGGCAGAUAUGGAAAUUCUCGUAGUCUUCGAAGGCACAAUUGAAUCAACUGGGCAACCAGUCCAGGUGAAGUCAAGCUACACAACCCAGGAAAUUCUGUGGGGUCAUCGUUUUAUCGAUAUGGUUGAAUAUCGAAAAGAUAAACAAGGUUUCGUGAUAGAUUAUGCCAAAUUCGACGAAACUUAUUCAGUCAAUACACCGCUCUGUUCAGCUGAACGCCUUCACGUUUUUUAUAGACAUAAUUUGAGAAAAUUAAAUUACAUUAUUCCUUGAUUUUUUUUUCCUUUUCAAAUUUUCAGGCUUCUCUAGAUGUGGAUUUAAAAAUACAAUUAUUUGUCUGAGUUCCAUUAGAUCAUUGUGCAUUGUCCUCAUUGCUGUCAGUUUGUUUUGCAUUGUUGUCAGCAUUACUUUCAUGAAUGAUAACUGAGCUCGACAGAUCUGUAAGUCAGCGUCCAAUUUCGAAAGUAUCUUAGUGUUUAAUUCAUGUUGUUCUUGCAAGUAUUUUGUUAUAAAGUCAGUCAUUGUCUCAUGUAUUUUUGUUCACUUAUCACAGUCACCACAAACACUAUCUACGCGACUAUAUAAAUCCAUAUUAAACUCUAGUGCAAAUAUGACGUUAAGUCUGUUUACGAAAUAUAAAAUUUUCUCUCAAUAGUCUUGUAGAAUACGCACACCUUCUCACUUCUAUGCAGUAUGAGUCUGUCACCUAAGGUGUGUCGGCUCUGUGAUAAGACUUAACAAUUGAAAGAUACGUUUUAGGUACACUUCAAGGUGAUUCAUAUGUUCUGUGAUUCCCAUCUUAUCGGUAAAGUAGAUAGCAAAUAAAAAAUACCUUUAAUUAAGUAUAUGAAGAAACUGUUGACAAAGACCUCGCAAUCAAAUUUAAGUACAUAUAUUUUUUAUACGGUCAGAGUAAAUAAAGAUUAAUUAAUACCAGAUGCAGCACACUCUCCGACGU